AUGAUAUUCUUUCAAAACAAAUUUUUUUUUAGAAUUAUUUUAUUUUGGAUAUUGUACCUAAUAAAUAAGACAUAUUUUGGAAGGUGGGAAAUUAAAAAUAUACACAAAUUAAUUUAUACAGAAAAUGUACCUAGAAGAAUACUAUUCGAAUUUGAUUUAGAAAAUUCCAAUAUUAAGGAUAUCAAAAAAUUCAAUCACUCAAGUUAUCAAAUGAGUAAAAAUGAAGAAAAUCUUGAUAAAAAAAAUAUUUAUCAAAUACUCAACGACGCCAUGGAAAAAUAUGAUAAAGGGGAAUAUUUAUCUUAUGAAAGAGACGCAAACAAUGAAUAUAUUGAUUUCAAAAAAGAUAAAACAAUUUCAAAAUUCUAUGAUGAAUUCGAAAAUAUUAAAACAAAAAAUAAAAUAUUCAAUAAACUUAUUAAAUAUUUAAUUAAAAAAUAUGAAAAAAUUUAUUAUAAAAAACAAAUAAAAAAUAUAUUCUUUAAGAGGUUGAAAGAAAAGAAGAAAAAAAUAUAUUCCGUUCCUAAAGGAUUAUAUUAUGCAUCAAUAAGUUUGGUAUUAGCUAUUUUGUCUACAAUUAUUCUUAAAUUACUCUUUGUUGCUAAAGGUUCUUUUGGAAUUACAACAAUAGCUUCACUUUGUUGUGUAACACUUUUUGCAAAAAAAAUUGUUACAGGUGCAGCGACGAGUGGUACUGCUGGUGCGGCGAGUAAUCCGAUAAUUAUGGUACUCGUUGCAUUAAUAGUACUUAUUUUAAUUAUUGUAUUAUCAGUUUUUCUAUAUCACUUUUUAAAAGAAGAAAAAAAUUUUUACGAUCAAUAUGAUGAACAAGAAGAAGAACAGUAA